UCUUUCUCCCCUCUCCUUGUAACAAAUCUGUACGACUGCCACCAGGACAUAAGAAGCGUGUGCCUGUCACAGAAAUAGAGUUUACUUUUUCCAAGUUGUUAUAGAGCAGCAGGGUAUAAAUACAGCUAACUCUGACUUGGACUAAGAGCCUUUCGCUUAAAAUAAGGGGGCGACUUCCCAAGACUUGGAAGCCAACAAGGUCCAGAUCAGAUUGCACCAGGGAACAAGGUAGAAAGGACACCGAGAAAACAGGUGUAGUUGCUUCCUUUGUUUCAGCUCUUCUUCUUCUUUUUUUAAAGUCAAGCACAGCCACACCCAGACCCGAGUCAAUUGUCAGUAUUUUCUCCGGAGCUAACCCAAGAUGUCCUUUUUCAAACUCUUCAUGCGAUGGAUAUGGAUAUGGAUGUUGUCCUGGGACCGCCUUAUCUUGUUGCUUCUGCAGCUCCUGCUCAAAAGCUCAGCUUUGCCUCCAAUCCGGUAUUCUCACGCUGGGAUAUGUCCAAACGAUAUGAAUCCCAAUCUCUGGGUUGACGCACAGAGUACCUGUGGGAGAGAGUGUGACGCCGACCUGGAGUGCGAGACUUUUGAGAAAUGUUGCCCUAACGUUUGUGGAACACGAAGUUGUGUUGCAGCCCGGUACAUGGAUGUCAGAGGGAAGAAAGGACCUGUCGGGAUGCCCAAAGAAGCCACGUGUGACCGAUUCAUGUGCAUCCAGCAAGGUUCAGAGUGUGAUAUCUGGGAUGGGCAGCCUGUCUGCAAAUGCAAAGACAGGUGUGAAAAGGAGCCAAGUUUUACAUGCGCAUCUGAUGGGCUCACCUAUUACAACAAGUGCUACAUGGACGCAGAAGCAUGUACCAAAGGCAUCACCCUCCAUGUGGUGACUUGUCGCUAUCAUCUCACCUGGCCAAACACCAGCCCUGUCCCAGCAGAGACUACAGCUCCACCCACAACUGCUUACUUGGAGACUACCAUCACAGACAUCCUCGCACCUGUUUUAGUCAACAACCCAGCCCUUCAGUUGGUCUACGUAGGAGAGACGGUAAGCUUUCUUUGUGAUGUCACCGGUCGGCCUAAACCAGAAAUCACUUGGGAGAAGGAGACUGAGAAUAAAGAGAAAGUUAUUAUGAAGCCUAACCACGUCCAAGGAAAUAUCGUUGUCACCAAUAUUGCCCAGCUGGUAAUCUAUAACACGCAACUACAAGAUGCAGGGAUUUACACCUGUAUAGCCAAAAACCUUGGUGGUGCUUUAAGGGUUGAUUUUCCAUUGUCGGUUCUCCAAGGAGAAGCUACUUUUCCAGAAUCAGUGCAGAAUAAAACUCAUUUUCCAACCAACGAGUGCCUAAAGCAACCCGACAGUGAGGAUUGCGGAGAAGAGCAAACCAGAUGGUAUUAUGACGCAAAGAAAAACAACUGCUUUACUUUCAUUUAUGGGAACUGUAAUAGCAAUCUCAAUCAUUUUGAGACCUACGAGAGCUGUAUGUUGACAUGCAUGAAUGGCCCCAUCAACAUCUGCAAUUUGCCGGCCCUGCAAGGUCACUGCAAAGCCUAUGAGCCCCGGUGGGCAUACAACAGCUUGACAAAACAAUGCCAGUCUUUCAUUUAUGGAGGUUGCGGAGGCAACGAGAAUAAUUUUGAAAGCCGAGAGGCCUGCGAAGAAUCGUGUCCUUUCCCUCUGGAUAGGCUCUGUAAAGCUUGCAAGGCUUGCAAACCCCGGCAAAAGCUGGUGACCAGCUUCUGCAAAAGCGAUUUUGUGAUUCUUGGCCAUGUCAUGGAGCUGACAGAGGACCAAGAUUCUGGCCAUGCCCUGGUGAUGGUAGAGGAGAUUCUGAAGGAUGAGAAAAUGGGGCUUCAGUUCCUGGGAAGGGAGCCUUUGGAAAUCACCUUGUUAAACAUGAACUGGAGCUGUCCGUGCCCCAACAUUACGGCAACGGAAGGCCAGCUCAUCAUCAUGGGGGAUGUCUACAAUGGAAUGGCUGUUUUACAGCCGGAUAGUUUUGUUGGGGCCUCAAGUGUCCGACGCGUUCGAAAACUUCGUGAGGUCAUCCACAAGAAAACCUGUGAGCUAUUAAAAGAGUUCAUAGGACUGCACUAAUGCCCUGACAGUAGCUCACUGGCUUUCCAACAUUUGUGCAUUAUAUAGUGCUAACAAACAAUAGGAUUACCCUGAAAACCCCUUGUGUAACUCUCGUUUGCUGAUAUAUAUUAUGUAUUACAUAUGAAGGAAUGAGUGGCAUGUAGCAGAGAGACAGUUGUCUUUUUGACAAGUAUUUUAAAAUAGCAGUAAACAGCAAUUAAUCUUUAGAUUUCAAUUUAUCUAUCGCUCUAGAAAUGCCAUCUGGUGUUUAUCGUUUGCUAACAAUGCGAUUUUCAUCAUAUAAAAAAAUCAAUUCCGCA